CUCUCUCUCAAAUCUCUCGAACACAUUCUCUCGUGCUCGACGACCCGCGCUCGACCGUCGGCGGGUUGUUUCGCGUUCGUCUCGUUGUCUACUUGUCAGAGUCAGUCUUGCGCCGUGCCGCGAUGGUGCGCGACGUGCGAUUGUUUUGUACCACACGCUAUAGUGUCGUUUGACGUGUCGCAAACGUAAUUGACACUAGCUGGGUGCGCGGUGUCGCGGCUAAACUUCGUUCGUUUUGACACAACCCGCGCCCCGGAACGCGGUCGGCUCUAACCUCUAGAACCUUGCGGCCUGUCGUCGGCCAUUGGCCGUCGUCCAAUAUUUUCCACCGCCGGUUUAACCGUACGGCGAAUGAUCCACGGAUAAUCCAACAUGGCGUCGACCGAUCUGUCGUUCGGCUCCAUACCGGCUUUCUACAGAGAGGUCUACGACAAGAUCUGCUCGCCCACCAGCGGGAACGUGAAGCUCGAGGUGUUCAAAUCCCUUCUUGUCAAGUCGCAAUUAAGCGGUUCCGUUGUCAGCCAGAUAUGGAAGUUGGUGGACAACAAAACGGGUUAUCUCACGAGGAGCGGAUUGUACAAAGGACUCGCUCUCGUUGCUUUCGCUCAACAAGGAAAGCAACCCAGCGACAAACUGCUGGAAAACUCCGAAUCGCAAGAAUUACCGGUUCCUGUCUUGGGCGAUCUGUCGGAAGUGACGCUUCUAGCGCAGAGAUUACACAGAGGCAAUCCCGCCAAGCUGAAUCACACGUACUCGGAUAUCUGUAAUCUCGAUACUAUUGAGGUUAACCUCGUUCCCGAGAAGAAAGGCAUCUUCCUGAAGCAUGUGGAGUAUCACGUCACCAGCAAGAGGUUCAAUUCGGUCGUAUUCAGACGUUACAAUGACUUCGUGUCACUGUACGAUCUUCUCCUGGCCCGGUUUCCUUACAGAUUGAUACCCAAGUUACCGCCGAAGAAGAUUGUGGGAGCGGAUUCGCAUUUUCUCGAAGAAAGACGCCGUUCUCUUCUUCGCUUUCUCACGUUGAUUGCUCGUCAUCCGGUAGUAAGCGAGGAUCCGAUCGUGCAGUUCUUUUUUACGUAUACCGGUGACGAGACGCAGCAUAAGAUUCGCGAGGUGUUCAGACGCGUGCCCGACGAGUUCGCCACGUCGGAUUUGUCGUCACGAGCGAAGGAGCUGAUGCCACCCGAAACGCUGACCGAGUUCGCGAACAGUCGCGAUCAGAUACGCGUUAUACUCGUUGGGAUCUCGCGUUUGAAACACAUUGCCGACGGUCUCGCGCUCAGAUCGCACAAUUACGCGAUGGACAUGGCCGAUCUCGGGAAUCAGCUGAGCACUUUGGCCGCGGAACAGCAUGGCACGAGUACCUGGGUCACAGGCGGUUCUAGCAUCUGGCAAGACAUGAAGAAGGGCUUUCACGCAAUCUCAAAAGAAUUCAAUUUGUUGUCAACCAGAGCGCUUCAACAAGCGGUCAGAGAGGAGACUAUGGUGUGCGAGAGAUUGAAUCUUCUGCUCGAUAUUUUAAUCGCUCACAGAAUGUUGUGCGAGAGACACGAGCGAGGCGUAAGCGCCGAUCAUCAACGCGCUCUAUCCACAAUGUUGUCUCUUAAGAAGAGACAGAUGCAAGGUGUUAUCCGCGGAACUGACGCUGACACCGUCGAGUACCUCGAAAACAAAAUGGUCUCCCAGGAGUCGGUAAUCGCCAACGUCGAGCUGAGAAAUUGCUUCUCCUUGCUUUGCUUACACAUGGAGACCCAGCUCGUGCACGCUCAUUUAGAAGUACUCGCCACCGUACUUCAGAGUCUCGUUAGUGUACAAAUUCAGGGACAUUCCGAAAGAUCUCGCUGGCUGAAGUAUGGAAACUGAUUGAACCAACGAUUACCAAAUGUUUACCCGAAAAAGUAGCAAGUGGAUCUAACGGAGGAUAGCAUAGGAAUUUUUCAUACUUUUUAGCAGAUGUAAUGGGUGUGUUUGUCAAAUAUAUUAUCAAAUACUCUUUUCACUUUCUCCCUCUCCCCCCCUCCCCCCGUCCUUUUCCUUCUUGAAAUCAAUCUGAAACUCGCACAAUUGCUAACAAAUACGAUUAGUGAUACACAGAUAUCAUUAGUAUAUGCUAGAGAAGAGAAAGAUGUACAAAAUUCCUCCAUUUUUGAUAAAAAAAAAAAAAAAAAAAACUGAUAUUAAAUAUUGAUAUUUUAUAUAAUUGUCCGAAUGGAAAAAGCGUUCAAUGCAGAUGUGUGUUUGUAUUUUAUAAUUAUAUACCACUAAGAAUCUCGAAUGUAUAGCGUAAAUGUAUAGACUUUAGAAUUUUACAUUCCUUGUUGUGUACUUAUAAUAUAUUUUAUGGAUUUUGAAAGUGUUAUAACUCGACAUUUGUUAUAUCACUUUAUUAUAUGUACGUAUAAGGUUUUUUAUAUAGGUUGUAUAUAUCGUAUUAUUAUAUCGCUAUACGUGAUGCAUUUAUUAAACAGUUGCGUGUGUGUAUAUAUAUACAUAAAUAUAAACUAUUUUGUAGAAGAAAAAGAAAAAAUUUUAUAUUAUAUGUAUAUACAGAUAUGUGAAACAAUGCACCGUCUAUAUAAAAUAAGUUUAAAUUUAUUUUCUUACUUAGCACAACACAAGCGCGCGCUACGCGCGCGCUAUUAUUAUUUUCAUUUUCAUGUGUUGCAUCAGUGAACACAUAACCUGUCACCGCGAUGACAGCUAAUAUAUACAUC